AUGUCCCGUCAAUCGCAAGACAUUGAGGAGGCAGAUAUCGACAAGUCCUACGUGGACAAUGUCGAGGUCGUUGCUAAUGCCAACAAGCCCAAUCCGAGCAAAGAGGCACCGGCAUAUGUUGCUGGCCUGUCGCCCGAGGAGCGCGAGGCGGCCGAGAAGGCCCUCGUUCGCAAGAUCGACAUCCGCCUGUUACCUAUGAUCAUUAUCAUGUACAUUCUCAAUUACCUGGACAGAAACAAUAUUGCUGCUGCCCGUCUGGCUGGUUUGGAGGAGGAUCUGGGCCUCGUUGGUAACCAGUACUUGACCUGUGUUAGUAUCUUGUUCGUGGGUUAUCUCUUGAUGCAAAUUCCCUCCAAUUUGCUCCUCAACAAGUUCGGAAAGCCGGCUAUCUACCUUCCCACUGCUAUGAUCAUCUGGGGAAUCAUCUCGACUGCUACUGCGGCUGCUCACAACUUUGCCGGUCUUGUUGUGAUUCGAUUCUUCCUUGGUUUCGUCGAGGCUGCCUACUUCCCCGGCUGCCUGUACUUCUUGAGUGCAUGGUAUACCCGCAAGGAACUGGGUUUCCGCACUGCAGCCCUGUACUCUGGUUCCCUUCUCUCGGGUGCCUUCUCCGGUCUCAUUGCUGCCGGUAUCACUAGCGGUAUGGACCACAAGAUGGGUCUUCGUGCCUGGCGCUGGCUGUUCAUCAUCGAAGGCGCAGUCACCAUCGCCGUCGCUGUGAUCGCCAUCUUCAUUCUUCCCAACUUCCCCCGUACCACAAGCUGGCUCACGGAAGAGGAAAAGGCACUCGCUGCCUGGCGUCUGGAGGAAGAUAUUGGCGAGGACGACUGGGUCGACAGCGAACAGCAAUCCUUCCUGCAUGGAGCAAAGCUUGCCUUUACUGAUAUGAAGACAUACAUUCUGAUGCUCAUGAUCCUGUGCAUUGUCUCCUCCGCCUCAGUCACCAAUUUCUUCCCUACGGUUGUCAAAACCCUGAACUACGGCAACAUCGAGACCCUGCUCCUUACCGCCCCUCCAUACUGCCUCGCCGUCAUCUGUGCGUUUGCCAAUGCCUGGCAUGCCGAUCGCACUGGCGAGCGCUAUUUCCACGUCACCCUGCCCUUGUAUGUCUCCGUUGCGGCUUUCAUCAUCGCUGCUGCUACCACCAGUACCGCCCCUCGAUAUCUCUCCAUGAUGCUCAUGGUCCCGUCCUUCUACUCCGGUUACGUUGUCGCUUUGGGAUGGAUCUCCAACACUCUGCCUCGUCCGGCGUCGAAGCGUGCUGCCGCCCUCGCUGCUAUCAACUGUGUUAGCAAUGCUAGCAGUAUCUACGCGAGUUAUAUGUAUCCCACCAGUGAUGGACCGCGGUUCGUUCCCGCCAUGUCUGUGAACUGCGCUACCGCUUUCAUCGCCAUCCUGGCUGCUACUGCCCUGCGGUUCAUCCUGGUCCGCCUGAACAAGAAACUUGACCGUGGUGAGCACGUUGAGGGAUCUGUUCCUGGCCAAGCCAGUAGCCGUGGGUUCCGCUUCCUGGUUUAG